GCAGCACAUUUUAUUUUAUUUUUUAAAAAGGCCAGUAGCAAACAAACAAUAUUCUGGAAUAAUUUCAUUUCCAAAUAGAUCCUUGCACGAGAUUGCCCUCACAUGCUACAAAUUAGCCUGUGAUCCCCGGGUCAUCAAAGACAAAGUAAAAAUCUUCUUGGAUCCAUAUGAACUAAAUCUCAUCGUCUUUAGUUGUGGCUUGUGAACCCAUUUUCUCCAUAGGGAUGCAUCAUUUCUUCUUUAAAAAGUCUCAUAGCCUGCCCCUUAUUCAUCUGCCUAUGGCUGUCAUGAUGCACAAAGACAUUACUGCUACGGUAAUAUGCAACUAAACUCCAAUGACUUCCACCUUCAGCUAGGCUCACAUCUUCGUUGUUGUUAACAGGAAAAAUAAUCAGUUUCUUCUCGGGCAACUUAAGGGGUUCUAUGAAAUCUUUGAGAGUAUCAGUGUCCAUGCAAUUUGUGCAAUCCACAUAUAGAUACAGAUCAAAACUGCAAUCCACUUUCCAUUUUCAUUUUCCUUUUGGUUCUCGGGAAAUAGACAAAGGAAAAUGGAACAGUUCAUCCACCAUUUACCGCCCAUGGAUCUGAUGCGCUCCGAGAAGAUGACGUUGGUGCAGCUCAUAAUUCCCGUCGAAUCCGCUCACCGUUCAAUCUCCUAUCUCGGCGAACUCGGUCUCUUCCAGUUCCGUGAUUUAAAUGCUGAUAAGAGCCCGUUUCAACGAACAUUUGCAAAUCAGGUAAAGCGGUGUGGAGAGAUGUCAAGAAAGCUACGCUUUUUCAAAGAUCAAAUCAAUAAAGCCGGUCUGCUGUCUUCUGCACAUCCUAUCUUGGAGCCAGACAUUGAACUGGAGGAAUUAGAGAUACAACUUGCUGAGCAUGAGCAUGAGCAUGAGCUAAUUGAAAUGAACUCUAACAGUGAAAAACUUUGCCAAACAUAUAAUGAGCUGCUGGAGUUUAAGAUUGUAUUGCAAAAGGCAGGUGGUUUUCUUGUGUCAAGUAAUGGUCGUGCAGUUGUAGAGGAGAGGGAGUUAAGUGAAAAUAUAUACUCAAAUGACAAUUAUGGUGAGACAGCAUCAUUACUUGAACAGGAAAUGAUGCCUGGAUCGUCUGACCAAUCUGGCUUGCGAUUUAUCAGUGGGAUUAUUACUAAAUCAAAAGUUCUCAGAUUUGAGAGGAUGUUGUUCCGUGCUACUAGAGGCAACAUGCUUUUUAAUCAAGCUCCAGUUGAUGAAGAGAUCAUGGAUCCUCUGUCAACUGAAACGGUUGAGAAAAUGGUGUUCGUAGUUUUCUUCUAAGGGGAGCAGGCGAGAACAAAGAUUUUGAAAAUUUGUGAGGCAUUUGGAGCAAAUUGCUAUCCUGUUCCUGAAGACAUUUCUAAACAGAGGCAAAUUACUAGAGAAGUCUUGUCACGUCUAUCUGAAUUCAAAGCUACUUUGGAUGCCGGGAGUCGGCACCGCAAUAAAGCUCUGACUUCUAUUGGAUUCCAUCUAGCAAAAUGGAUAUAUAUGGUAAGAAGGGAGAAAGCAGUUUAUGAUAUUUUGGAUAUGCUGAAUUUUGAUGUUACAAAAAAAUGCCUUGUUGGAGAGGGUUGGUGUCCUAUAUUUGCAAAAGCUCAGAUUCAUGAAGUACUCCAACGUGCAACAUUUGAUAGCAAUUCUCAAGUUGGGAUAAUUUUUCAUGUCAUGGAUGCCGUGGAUUCACCUCCUACAUAUUUCAGAACAAACCACUUCACAAAUGCAUUUCAGGAGAUUGUUGAUGCAUAUGGUGUUGCGAGAUAUGAAGAGGCAAAUCCUGCAGUUUACACAGUUAUUACAUUUCCAUUUCUUUUUGCUGUGAUGUUUGGAGAUUGGGGUCAUGGAAUAUGCUUGUUGCUGGGAGCUUUGGUCCUUAUAGCUCGGGAAAGUAGGCUUAGUACUCAGAAACUUGGGAGCUUUAUGGAGAUGCUAUUUGGGGGUCGCUACGUUCUUCUUUUGAUGUCACUUUUUUCAAUUAUUGUGGACUGAUUUACAAUGAAUUCUUCUCUGUUCCUUUUCACAUAUUUGGUGGGUCUGCUUACAAAUGUCGAGAUCCUACAUGUAGGUAUGUGCUGUUAUUCUUAGAUCCCAAAGUAAAAGCAGAAUCAUAUG